AUGGAACAAGAAACAAAAUAUGAUUCCAUGACAUCGUCUCAUUAUUGUUUUGGUUUAAAAAUGAAAUCACAUGAGAUUCAUGAAGGAAAAAGUAAGUCAUUAUGUAGAAAUCCAGUUGGUUCAUCAACAUCAAUAUCUAUGCCAAUUGCAUGGCCUAAAAGAGUUGGAUCAAGGAAAAAAUCAAAUACAAGCACAGAAUUCGAAGAAAAAUCCGAAUGUGGAAUUCAAAAACAAUCAUUAACGGAUAUAGCCAAUAACGAUAAAUACAAAAAAGAAACAGAUACACAAAAACAACGCUUUUGGCGCUUCUUCAGGAUUGGGUUUACAAACAAAUCAAAAAAGCAAAAGGCAGAUUUACUUAAUAAUGAAAUAUCCCCAUUCGAUGCAAUAAGAAAUGUUUCAGCUAAACACUCACAUUUCGUCAAGUAUCUUGCUUUAGAAGGUUCAGUCAAUCAAAGUUUAACCUACCUUCCAUCAACGGUCAAAAUGAGUUUGCAGUGGCCUGAUCAAGAAAAAUCAGAUAUAUUUGAUUCCAAUGAAACAAAAAAUUCAACAGUGUGUUCAAACGAAUGUGUUAAUCCUGAAGAAAGUAGCUACAAGAAUGACAACUGUACUAAUGUGAUGAUCCAACCACCUAAAUGUGGACAGAGAAGUUCUAGUGUUACACCAUCAGAUAGGUUUUCAGAAACAUCUAGUGAUAGAAACAUAGAAUCUUGUUCGACAUGCGAAAAAGUUUAUCCACCAACUCCUGUUGCCUCCAAAUCUACCGUGCUUCUCCGUCGCCCAAGAACUCCCACUUUAGGAAGAGCUGCUUUAUUUGUUCGUGCAUCAUAUAUGGGUGUGGAUAAGUCAGGAACACCAACUAGUUUAUCAUUUUCAAAACAAAGUACAAAACGAGAUACUGUGUUAUCAAAUGAUUCUCAUUUCAGUGAUUUUCCGAAUUUAUCCAGUACACAGUCAGGUUUUAUUAGUCGUAGUUCAAGUCUAAACUCUGAACUCAGGGAAUUCAAUCAAAAUACACAGCAAAGUUUUAACCGAUUAUCUGUUAAAAAUAACUCAUCACAAACUAAUUUACAACCAUUUAAUCUGAAUGGACGUCAGUAUGAAACGAAAAUUCCAAAAGCUACAUCGAGUAGAUAUAAUUGUCAUGCUUAUGAUACUGUUCCGUUGGAUAAACUUGAAUGUUUGAAAUUAAUUCCUUCAGUACAAAUGUUGAGUAAAAGUUCUGAAGUAAAUUCAGAAUCCUCAAAUUUAGCAUUUAUCAAAUCAUCUGAUAAUGUUCCAACUACAAUUUCUUCUUUACAUGGAGAUCAAAAACUACAUUCACAUACUAGUGAAUAUAACACUGAACAAAAUCAAACUCAAGUGAUAGAAUCUAAUAUUUUGCAAGAUACAAGACAUUCUGUUGAUAUGUUGAUUACGUCAUCUUCAGAAACUGAAGUAUCAGUUGUGACUCACAAAAAACCAAUAAAAUAUGAAUCUAACCGUACUUUGGAAAUCUCUAAUCUCCAGCCUAAUCCACAAUCCUUUUCAAAAAAUUGUAGCAAUAUUUCAAAUUCACGUAAAUCAGUUGAAAUUCCAAAAGCUUCAGUGCAACCUAUAAGACAGAAACCUGUCAAGAUUAUCAAUGGAGCAGAAUUACCGACUUCACCAAGAUCUCGUAGUUCACAAAAAUCAAGUCAUCCAUUUUAUUCAAAAUCAAAUAAAAAUUUAACAAAAAAAUUCAGUGAAUCUAUUAGUAACACUGAAACCAGUACUGAAAUACCGUUUCCCAAACAUAACUUAGAGUAUACUAAACAGUUUCAAAAUGAAACAAUGAUCGAUCAUUCAGUUAACAUUGGAUCAUUUGUGUAA